ACUUGAUUGAUCUUAACCUCCCCCUUGCGUUAACUCGCGGUACUACGUUAACAUGCCCUGAAGAUUAUCAACAAUUAUGAAGAAUCAAAUAAAGAAUUUGUCUAACGGAAAACAAUCAGAAAAAGUGGACAAUGUAAAGAAACCGUUUAAUAAAAAGAAAUAUAGGAUACAAAAGUACAGCAAUGAAUAUAAGAUUAAUCAAUGGGAAGAACGUAGAAAGAAGGCAAUCUUACGAAAUUUGCACAAGGAACUAGACAAAGACCAGCAGCAAAAUUUAAAAAAACCACUUCCAUUGAAAAGCAAUGAUCAGGAAGAAAAUGCUGAAGAGAAAAAACUGAAGCAGAAGGAUGCAUUUAAGAAGGCUAAACAGGAAUUCUUACGUAAGAGAGAUGAGAAAAGGAAACAGGUGGAAGAAGCACUUAGAGUGAAAUCUGAGCGAGAGGAGGCACUCAAGAAAUAUAAAGAGAAAAAAAUGCAAGCUUAUAAGAAACUUUCAAAGCACACAAAAAGAGGACAACCUGUAAUGAAGGAUAGAUUGGAACUGUUGUUGGAAAAAGUACAGCAACAGGUUUCAAAAUAAUACUAUGAAAAAA